GACGCGGCGUCCAUCUCCUCCUCUUCGAUUCUUUGCAUUAGUUUUUUUUUUUUUCUGGUAAUUGGUAAUUAUAGCAUAGAGAUCUGCAAUGGCGUCGAAGAGAACCCUCGCUCGAUAUCUCUUCAACUUCACCAAAACUUCUUCCCCGGUCUCCGAUCUGACCCGAAUGCGUCCGACCAAACACCGCGUUGCUUCGGAUCCCGGAGAUUCCGGAAUUCGCCGGAGAUUUCUACACCGGCGAGCAUUUAUCCCUCCGGAGAUGGUUCCGGCGGGAAGCAACCUGGUGGAGAGGCUCAGGGAAAUGAAUUUGUCCAAGGAUAGGAUCCGAUUGGACGAAAUACUGCCGCCGGCGAAGGCCGAGGAGUCGCCGGAAUUUUUGCCGGCGGUGACGGUGGAAGAUGCGAGGAAGCUGAUGAGAGCAGCGGGGAUGGAGAUGGUGAAAUCGCGGCUGAGAGAAAUCGGGAGGAAUUGGGUUCCCUAUUCGGAGUUUGUUCGGGUUUGUGGAGAAGCCUAUUCGGAUCCUGAACAAGGUGUUCGGGUCGCGAAUAUGCUCGACGAGUCCGGAAACGUCAUCGUUCUUGGAAAGUUCGUUUGCCUAAAGCCCGAAGAGAUUACAAGAGCCGUGGAAGGUCUGAUUCCGACACACGAAUCCACUCGUGACGCAACGAGAAGACGGGAAGAGUUACAGAAACUCGAGGCUGUGAAAUCGGAGAUCGACAAACGAGCAGACGAAAUGGUCCGACGUGAACUAUGGGCCGGACUGGGGCUUCUGAUGGCCCAAACCAUUGGGUUCUUUAGGCUGACGUUUUGGGAGCUAUCGUGGGACGUGAUGGAGCCCAUCUGCUUCUACGUGACUUCGACGUAUUUCAUGGGCGGCUACGCCUUCUUCCUCACCACUUCCAAGGAGCCUUCCUUCGAAGGUUUCUACAAGAGUCGCUUCGAGAAGAAACAGAAACGUUUGAUGGAAACCCGUAAUUUCGACGUCCAUCGAUAUAACGAGCUUCGAAGUACGUUCCGUCCAGAAUCGUUUGGAUCCCGUCCACGUUGGUCGUGAUUACCAUUUGCUUUCUUGUUUUUUUACCGCUAGGAGAAUAUGAAAUGUACAUGUGUUUUGAGGAUUUCA